AUGUCGCCAACACCGGAUGGCGAGCGCGCCUCCAAAAAGAGGAAGCUUAAUGGGAAGCAUGUCCUGAAGGUGGGAGAUAAAGUGAUAUCUCUGGAGGGUUACUUCAACCCUCCUGCGAAGAAGGAGCCCCCAAAGAAAGAGGAACAACCACAAGAUGCUUCAGAAAAGCCAGAAACUGAGGCCCCGGAACCCGCAGCGAAAGAAGCAGAGAAGCGUGACAAAGCUUUCUCAACUCCUAGGAAGCACGAAUUCAAGCGGCCUCAUGACAAGGGAAGACCCAGAUCAGAUCAACGGGGGCCAAGAUGGAGAGACGACCCGGCUCUGCUUAAAAUUCGGCAAAAACUGCCUAUGUGGGCUCACCGAGAGGAUAUCCAGGCCCGAAUGCGACAAAAGGAUGUCUUGCUCCUUGUCGGUGAGACGGGUUCCGGAAAGAGUACUCAAGUACCCCAGUUUCUGGUCAGGGAGCCGUGGUGCAGGAGACAGAUGGUUACCGUUGAGGGACGAGAGGUGAGUGUUGGCGGCAUGAUUGCUGUGACGCAGCCUCGUCGAGUCGCCGCCACGACAUUGGCUCACCGCGUCUCUCGUGAAGCCGGCACGCCGCUUGGUGAGAGUCGUGAAGGCAUGGUUGGUUAUUCCGUUCGUUUUGACCAUCAGGUCCCCAAGGGAACUAAGAUUAAAUUCCUUACCGAGGGUAUGCUACUCCAAGAGCUGCUUCGAGAUCCCAGCUUGAAGCAAUACAGUGCCGUGGUGGUUGAUGAAAUUCACGAGAGAAGCGUUGAUGUGGAUCUCGUGUCGGGAUUCCUCAAGCAGAUUCUCAUGAGCGAUCGGAAAGGGCGUGGUGGCAUUCCGCUUAAGAUCGUUGUCAUGAGUGCCACAGCCGAUGUGGAACGCAUCCACGGAUUUUUCUCUACCGACAAGGCUGAGACAAGCGGCGGCGACAUGGACGUUGACAGCGACAAGUCUAGCUCGGUGGAGAUUCUCAAAAUUCAGGGUCGUCAGUAUCCGGUCAAGACAGUACACACGCCAAAGCCCGUGCCAGAUAUUCAAGAGGCACUUUUGAAGACCAUAUUCAAAAUACAUACAGAGGAGCCUCUACCGGGCGACAUCCUUGCAUUCCUUACGGGUCAAGAAGAAAUUGAAUCGACGCAAGCGCUGAUUGAAGAGUACGCCGCGACAUUGGCAUCGAAUGUUCCCAAGGUCAAGGUCCUCCCACUAUUCGGUCAGCUUUCCAUGGAAGGCCAGCAUGCAGCAUUCCAGCCGAUUAAAGGUGGCUUCACCAGAAAGAUUGUGUUGGCGACGAAUAUUGCCGAAACGUCCGUCACCGUGCCCGGAGUACGCUACGUCGUAGACGGUGGAAAGGCCAAAGUUAAGCAGUUCCGUGCUCGUCUUGGCAUGGAAUCCCUCCUGGCUAAACCCAUCUCCAAGUCGUCCGCCAUCCAAAGAACUGGCCGUGCUGGUCGUGAAGGGCCCGGAAAGUGCUUCAGGCUGUACACUGAAGGGACGUUUGGCACGCUACAGGAAACCGACUUGCCUGAAAUCUUACGAAUCGACGUCCUUGGAGCUGUCCUGACCAUGAAGGCCAGAGGCAUUGAUGAUGUUCUGGGAUUCCCGCUUAUGGAUACCCCUGAUAUCGACGCUAUCGAGCGAGCGCUCAUCAGCCUCCACGGUCUCGGUGCAUUGGCAGAUGACGGCACCAUCACUGAAGCAGGCCGCAAGAUGGCGGGCUUUCCCAUCUCCGCCCCUUUGGGCGCCGUCCUUUUGGCUUCGGCUAAGCCCGAGUUUGAUUGCGUGCUCGAAGCCAUUGAUGUCAUUGCCUGUAUUACCUCCGGCGACGAUAUAUUUCAUCAGUUGCAGUCUGAGGAACAGCGGGAGGAGAUCGAGGAGUUGCGCAAAGAGCUCUAUCGUCGCGAGGGCGACAUCAUGACAUAUCUUACGACGAUGCAACAAUACGCUGCCGAGAACGCAGACCGCAUUGAAUGGUGCAAAAAGAGAAAGGUCAACAUCCGCAAUAUGAGAACGGCACUCAACAUCCGCAAGCAGCUCCGUAGCUUGUGUCUGAAGGAGGGCCUGCUUUCCGAAGCGCCGCCGCCCGACCCCCAACCCUUCAGCCCUCUCCCGCCUGAGCAGGCAGAGGCCCUUCUAAAAUGCUUCCUUCGUGGCUUCGUUUCCAAAACUGCCGUCUUGGCACCGGACGCGAGUUACGUGACGUCGCAGGGCAAGCACGUUGUCGCAAUCCACCCAUCUAGCGUUCUACACGGGCAGAAGAAGGAGGCCAUCAUGUUCCUAGAGCACGUGUUUACGCAGAAGAACUACGCCAAAAAGGUCAGCGUCAUCCAGGCGAACUGGAUCGUAGAGGCGCUAGAAAGCACCCCAUAG